AUGACGGCUGUCUGCCCUGUGGACAAGAGCCCAGAGGAGGCUGAGAGAGCCACCACCAAGGCCUCCAGAUCCUCCAGAGGGUCUGACCCCGUUGGACCCAGAGCGAGUAACUCUGCGACGGGCACUGACACUGGAGACUCUACUGGAGAGUCUGUGGAUAGUUCAGGGACAGCAGGAGUGGGCACAACCCACCGCUUCAGCCGCUGCAGCCGACAGGACAGUUCUGACAUCAACACUGAUGAUGAGGGCGCUACAGUCCGCCGCCUCACGCCUCUGGAGAGACUCAAUCUCGACAUGUGCCAAGAUGACAGAGUUGUUCGGGAGAUGACAGUUGGAAGAAGAAUUGGCUUCUAUAAAAUUAGAGGAGAAAUUGGCUCUGGGAACUUCUCCCAUGUGAAGCUGGGGAUUCAUGCCUUGACAAAGGACAAAGUGGCCAUUAAGAUCUUGGACAAAACCAAAUUGGACCAGAAAACGCAGCGGCUACUGUCCAGAGAGAUCUCAAGCAUGGAGAAACUGCACCACUCCAACAUCAUCCGGCUUUAUGAGGUUGUAGAGACCCUGACACGGUUGCACCUGGUGAUGGAGUAUGCAGGAGGCGGGGAGCUCUACACAAAGAUCACCACUGAAGGAAAACUCUCUGAUGCCAACGGCAAGAUUAUCUUCACUCAGAUUCUUUCUGCUGUUAAACACAUGCACGAGAACAACAUCAUCCACCGUGACCUGAAGGCUGAGAAUGUGUUCUACACCAGCAGCUCUUGUGUUAAAGUGGGGGACUUUGGCUUCAGCACUUUUAGCCGCCGUGACGAGACUCUCAACACGUUCUGCGGCUCUCCUCCGUACGCCGCACCUGAGCUCUUUAGGGAUGAGCACUAUUUGGGAGUUUACGUGGACAUCUGGGCACUGGGAGUCAUGCUUUUCUUCAUGAUGACUGGCACCAUGCCUUUUAGAUCGGACACUGUGGCCAAGCUGAAGAGGUGCAUCUUGGAGGGGGCUUUUGUGCUGCCCCCCUGGGUCUCUCAGCCCUGCCAGAGGCUGAUCAGAGGGAUCCUGCAGCCCGUCCCGAGUGACCGCUGCACAGUGGAGCAGAUGAUGGGCUGUGAGUGGCUGCUGCCUGUGGACUUUCCGAGAGCCAUGGAGCCCUUCAAACUGGACCCGUUGUACUUGGCACAGAGUGACACUACUGAACUCACAGAUGAUGAGAGGGACUUAAAAGCAUCAUUAGAAAAAUUAGGAAUCACAUCAGAACACAUCCUGAACAAUCAGGGCAAAGACUGUCGUAGCUCUAUCACAGGAGUCUAUAGGAUCCUCCUGCACCGCUCUCACCGCAGGAGGGCUGUGGACAGUGUGCCUGUGGUCGCCAAAGUUACUCCAAACACAACCACCAAUAAGAAAGAGAAACUAAAAGUGUACCGAAGUUUGCGACACACUUCCAAACUUUGUGUAAUUCUGUAA